UGUCGGGCCUUCACGCGAUCAACCAACAUGUGAGGAACAUGAACGAGCAGCAGCUGCCUGCUCUGCUGGAGCUGGCUGCAGACAUCCAGAAGGAGCUCGGAAAGGGAGCUGCGAAGCCCUACAAAGACGUGAUUAAUGUCUCCUGGGGGGACCCUCACAGAGGGGGGCUGAAGCCGCUCACGUUUGUCCGACAGGUUCUGGCAGCCUGUUUCUACCCUGAGCUUUUGGACAGCAGCAAACUGCCUCUGGACGCCAAACAGAGGGCUGAGUGGCUGCUGGAGAGGUGUGAAGGAUCCAGCGUAGGGUGUUACACCUCGACCGCCGGUAUCAGUGACGUGGUCCACAGGGUCUCUGAGUUCAUAAGGAGGCGAGAUGGAGGAGUUCCUUCCCACCCCAAGAACAUCUUCAUCACCUGCGGCUCUCAGUGGGCCCUGACGAACAUCCUCAAGAUCUUGGUGGACAGCGAGGCCUCUCCCAGGGCCGGGGUGCUGGUUCCAGCACCGGGACACAGUACCACCGUCUGGUCAGUGACGGGCCAGGGCGCCGUAGUUGUGCCCUACUACCUGUGUGAGGAGGAGGGCUGGGCGCUGAAGGUGGAGGAGCUGCAGCGGGCGCUUGACUCCGCAGAGGGCGUCUGCAAGCCGGUGGCUCUGUACGUCAUCAACCCCGGAAACCCUGCAGGUUUGGUUCAGAGCAGAGAGUCCAUGGAGGAGGUGAUUCGCUUUGCCUCAGAGAAGAAACUCUUCCUGCUGGCUGACGAGGUCUAUCAGGAUUAUAUUUACGGAGAAGGCAGCAGGUUCAUCUCCUAUAAGAAAGUGGUGGCUGAGAUGGGAGCUCCUCUGUCGGACUCGGUUCAGCUGGCCUCCUUCCACUCAGCGUCCAAAGGGAUGAUGGGGGAGUGUGGUCUGCGCGGUGGAUACGUGGAGCUGCUCAACUUGGACCCGGCCGUCAUGGAGUACGUCUACAAGAUCUUCUCCAUAGGCAGCUGUGGUUCUGUGUCGGGCCAGCUCGCCCUCGACAUCAUGAGCUCCCCUCCGCAGCCCGGAGACUCGUCCUACCCCCUGUACGAGCAGGAGAUCCAGCACAUCCGGAGCACGCUGGUCCACAAUGUGAAAACAGCCUCCGAGGUUCUGAACCGCCUGCCUGGUUUGAGCUGCCAGCCGGGGGACGGAGGAGCUUUCCUGUUCCCCAGAGUGGAUAUCCCACCCAAAGCCAUCCAGAGAGCCCAGGAAGCAGGAAUAGAACCGGACACCUUCUACUGUGUGAAGCUGCUGGAAGAGGCCGGGGUGUUGGUCAGUCCAGGCUGUGACUUUACACAGAAGGAGGGAACCCACCACAUCAGGCUUUGUACGCUGGUGUGUUCGGACGUGUUCGAGGAGCUGCUGCGACGCUUGAGCAACUUUCAAACCAACUUCAUGAAAGACUUUUCUUAA